CUGGGCGAAGAUUGGCUGCGUGAGCGGGGCGCGGCGCGGCUAAAGACGGGGUCCAAGGGGUGGGGCUGACGCUGCAGCUGGCGCAGCUCAGACUCCGAGCAACCGCCGCGGAGCAGCCAAGCAACCACCUUCCCCUGCCCGUUCCCGCGCCCGGGCCGGGGCUAGGCCCCCCACCGCCGGGUCUCCGGGGGCUGCAGCAGCGGCGGCGGCGACAGCGGCGCCGCCCGCGGUUCCCACCGGGGCCCGGGCGCCGGCCCCGCUCUGCAGGAUGGGCACGGUGCUGUCUCUUUCCCCCGCCUCUUCGGCGAAGGGCCGGAGGCCCGGCGGGCUACCCGAAGAGAAGAAAGCACCGCCCGCGGGGGACGAGGCGCUGGGGGGCUACGGGGCGCCGCCAGCAGGCAAGGGCGGCAAAGGCGAGAGCCGACUCAAGCGGCCGUCCGUGCUCAUCUCGGCGCUUACCUGGAAGCGCCUGGUGGCCGCGNGCCGCCGCCGCCGCCCACCCCCAGCCCCGCAGGCGGCGCCGCCGGUGCCUGGCGGCUCGCCGCGGCGGGUCAUCGUUCAGGCGUCCACCGGCGAGCUGCUGCGCUGCCUGGGCGAUUUCGUGUGCCGACGCUGCUACCGCCUCAAGGAGCUGAGCCCGGGCGAGCUGGUGGGCUGGUUCCGCGGAGUGGACCGCUCGCUGCUGCUGCAGGGCUGGCAAGACCAGGCCUUCAUUACACCCGCCAACCUGGUGUUCGUGUACCUGCUGUGCCGUGAGUCGCUGCGCGGGGAUGAGUUGGCAUCGGCCGCCGAGCUGCAGGCCGCCUUCCUCACCUGCCUCUACCUCGCCUACUCCUACAUGGGCAACGAGAUCUCAUACCCACUCAAGCCCUUCCUCGUGGAGCCCGACAAGGAGCGCUUCUGGCAACGCUGCCUGCGCCUCAUCCAGCGGCUCAGCCCCCAGAUGCUGCGGCUCAACGCAGACCCCCACUUCUUUACGCAGGUCUUUCAAGACCUCAAGAACGAGGGCGAGGCCGCUGCGAGCGCCGUGGGUCCACCCAACGGGGGCGCGCCCGCGGCCCCCGCCUCCUCCUCGGCCGCCAGGGACAGCUGCGCGACCGGAGCCAAGCACUGGACUAUGAAUCUGGACCGCUAGGGAUUCCCGAGGGUCGCGCCCGCCCCCCACCCCUGCCCCUGACACGCACUCGGAGCUCCCGGGACCAUCAAGCCGCCGCCGCUGUUACCGCCACUCCGUGCCGUGGCCGGAGGAGGAGCCGCCCCUGUCCCGCAGGGGAAGGUGGAGGCCAGGACGCCAGAGGCCGCGGCUCUGGAUUUGCUGGGCAUAGGGUGGGGGUGGGGGAUGAGCGCGGGAGGGGGACCCCCAACCUCACCCUUUCUGUCUCUCUACAAUUCUACCCAGGUCUCCUCCUUCCCUUCCGUGUGUGUCUGUAAAUCCAUCUCCCUCGGUUUUGACUAUUUCCUCCCCUCCUUCCUGUACCUUCAUCUUUCCUCCUGUCUGCCUUCCCAUCUCUCUCUCUGCCUUUCCAUUUUCCGUACCUUGGGUGUGUAUUUCCGUCUCCAUCUUACCCCCUACUUGACUAUCUUUGCCUCCCCUUCUCUUUCUGCACCUGUGUCCCCAUCUCCCCUUCUCGUUCUCUUUUCCUUGCUCCUGGCAUGUGUCACCAUCUUCCCUCCUGUCUGCUUACCACCCCCCACCCCGUCCGCCUAUGUCAGCUUGCAUUUCUUCCCCCUACUGAGCCCCCUAUAUCCCCUUUCCCAGACCAAAGGGAAUAUUAAUUCUUGAUUUGGACUGACUUCGGUGCGGCGAGAAACUGCAGCCCCAGGAGCCCAGACAACCACCAGGAUGGUCCUUCGCCCCACCCCCACCUCCUCUCCCUACCUUUUCCAACGUGUUGCAUGCCGGGAGUUGGGAGGGGGGAGGGAGACUCCGGCUUCAGGAGGCUGAGGUUUGGGAGCAAAAUCAACCUAGGAGGCCACCCCGGCGGCGGCAGCGCCUCAGCGGAAGGGCGGGAGGAGACAGAAACUCUUCUUACUCUGGGGGAGGGGUACCCCCCUUCCGUAUCCUUAGGUGUUUUUGUUCCUCCCCUUUUAAUUUAUUUGUUUUUUUUCCAGAGGGAGGGGGGAGGGGUGGGUGUUGGGCCGGGAGCUGUCUGAGGUGCUGAUUUGAGGCCGGACUGGAAUCCUCCCGGGAGGGUACCAGGGACUGGGUUGGGCCUGGUGCCGUGUCCAAGGUGCCAAUGAUGCGGGCCGACGGCGCGGGCUGCACUGUCUGUCUGUCCGUCUGUCCCAGAGAGAACUAUAAAGCGCUGGAAGCGCCUGCAGAUGGUUUUGCGCGGCCUU